UCCUGGGUACAUUUUGACGUGUUUGUUUCAGGCAUGUUGUUCCAGCAGUGGAGACGACACAUUGCUAUUGUAGCCACUGCGGGGGAUAACGCAAAAGCAAGACACAGGUAGAUUAGCAGCUCCCGCCCAGGCUACUGAAAGAAUUGUCAGUCACGCAACAUGCAUUUGGCCUGGCUUGGCCCGAAGGGACGGACUAAACCUUUCUUACCUUUACUCUUCCUUACCCUUACUCUUCCUUACCGUUACUCUUCCUUACCGUUACUCUUCCUUUCAACGGUUGCAAUGAAAGUCGCAGUUGCUCAAGUCGGUACACCAGCUUCUUGGAAGCCAGAAGACGCCAUAACGAAGCUACGCGAGUAUGCCAAAGAUGCUGCAGAACAAGGAGUAGAGCAUAUCGUCUUUCCUGAAGCAUAUAUAGGAGGCUAUCCCAAAGGAUCCACCUUCGGCGCUUAUGUAGGUAACCGUACUCCUGAAGGCCGCAAGGAGUUUACCAGAUACUUUAAUGGUGCUAUCACAGUGCCAGGACGUUAUGUCGAUCAAUUGGCCGAGAUAUCCAGCAAGCAUGGUAUGUUCAUGGUCGUUGGUGUUAUCGAACGUGAAGAACACGGUGGUACGCUAUACUGUACUGCGGUGUUCAUUCAUCCCGACCGGGGGUACGUGGGAAAACAUAGAAAGCGAUUGAUUUGGGGAUGCGGUGACGGCUCCACUCUUCCCGUCAUUGAAACACAAACUGGAGUCCGUACGUCUGCGACCAUCUGUUGGGAAAAUUACAUGCCUUUGCUGCGAGCGCAUUACUACUCGAAAGGCGUCCAACUUUAUUGUGCGCCAACCGUGGAUGAUCGCGGUGUCUGGGCGUCGACUAUGACGCAUAUAGCUCUAGAAGGCAGGUGCUUUGUAUUAUCAGCAUGCCAAUUUACUCAGCAAUCGCAUUAUCCCGAGGACCAUCCGUUUAUUGAAAAAGACCCUCAAGCUAUUGUCAUUGCCGGAGGAAGUAUGAUUAUUGGACCCAUGGGCAACGUUUUGGCUGGCCCAUUGCGUGAAACGGAAGGCUUGUUGGUGGCGGAUAUUGAUCUGGAUGAUAUUUCGGGUGGAAAGUUUGAUAUGGACGUCAGUGGUCAUUACUCUAGAUCCGAUGUCUUUGGCCUGAUGGUGGAUGAACGUGAGCAGACAUUUCGCGCGGCCGGCCAUGGUGUAUGAAAACACAGUGUUCUUCCAUUGGAUCAAUAAAGCCGAUGAAGUGUCUCUUUGUCAUUGCACUUUGUCAUUGUAAAUUGCAUAUAUCCAAGAUCAAAAGAAAAGGGAUAGUUUUCAUCGCAGAGAUGACGCUACCACCAUUGAAAAACAUAUUUAUGCUCACUUCCGCAAUCACUCUAGAUAUGCCACACACUAGAUACCAAUGGAUGACGCUACC